AUGGAGUCAAUAAGUCUAGGCCCUCCGAGUCAGGAAAACCUGCAACCGGUCUCAACGGACGGCGAACGACCUCCACCAAUCCCCAUCCCCAAGGCGACACCAAAGCGACCCGACUCGGCGCAGUCCUCAAGCAAGGCGUCCCUUAACUCACACCAGUCAGUCCCCGUCACUGGUACCUUUCCCUUGGGGUCGCUCAGGAUCCAUCAGGUCAUGGAUUCUCCCAGGCUGCGGCAAGCAGAAGCGCGGCCACAGGCCGACGUCUCUGAGAUGCCUCCGCUAGAAGACAGCCCUGGCGAAGAGUCGGCGUCCCUCGAAGGGGACGUCUUUCUCAUCCUCGACCUCCCUCCGAACUCAAUUGUGGGCUGCGACGCCAGGGCCAUCAGCAUCGGCUCUUCAGGGUUCAAGGGCAUCCGCGACAUCCCUCCGGGCCCUCACUUCGUCUGGGUGUCGGAGCCGAACGCCAUGUCCCGCUGCGGGUACUGGUUCAUCACGCAGGACAGGGGCCAGGUGCGCGUCAAGCAGUGGGACAAGUACAACGAGGUGCUAGCCCAGCCCGCGAGCCAGUUCGAGCUCCGCGACCACAGGGACAACGUGGCCAGCCUGUACCCACAGCUCGUCUCCUUCAACCACGGGAGUGGCACGACAGCAGCGGCGGCCGGAGGGGCAGGCAGCGAGGACGAGCUGCGCCUCUGGCGCCAGCUGACCUCGGGCAUCAGCGAGGGGCUCCUCGGCAGGGUCACGGGGAAGAAGGGCGCGGGCGAGUGGCUGGUGGACACCUCGGACAGCGCGCAGGGCGAGGCCGGCUUCCCGCAGGCAACACAGCUGUACAAGGCGGUCGUCGGGCCGAGGGAGCUGCAUUUCCUCUUCCCAGAGGGCGACGUCGACCUCGCCCUCGUCGGCGCCGCAGGAGGAGUGGGCCCGGACCAAGCGCGCAGUGGGCCCCCCGACACGACGGACGACAUCCUGCGCCUGCUCGACGCGCCCGGCGCGGCCGCCGCCGAGGACGACGUGCUGGGCGAGCUGCAGCUCACUUUUCUCGCGGGGCUGCACCUGUCGAACCUGUCGUGCGUCGACCAGUGGUGGCACCUGGUGCUCAGGGUGGUGCUGCGCGCGCACGGGCUCGCCGUCGCGCGGCCGCGCCUUGCCGCCGCCCUCGUCCGCACCCUCCACGCGCAGAUGGUCUACGACGAGAGGUACAUCGCCGGUGGGGAAAGCGGCGGCGACGCCGGACCCGAGGGCGGCGCCCAGGGCACGAGCGUGCUGGACAUCAUCCCCGGCAACAGGCGCAAGCUCCGCGGCGCGCUGGCGCUGUACAAGCGCAGGCUGGACGAGAUACUGCUGGGCCUGCCGCGGGACCGCGCGACGGCCGAGCAGGCGGACGUGGGCCAGGCGUUUGGGGAGCUGGAGGCUUGGUUCUGGAGGUUUGGGUGGGACCUGAGGGCGGAUGGCGUCGGGGAGGGCAAGAAGGGCUCUGGUGAGGAGAGAGGCAAUUUGGGCCGUGACGAUAAUGAUGAUGACGAUGAUGAUGAUGACUACCGGCCUGUUAUUGUUGAUUUGGAUGCUAAUGGUCGGGAAGUUGGGCUGGUUUCAUUCAAUUAG